UUGUGUCUCUGAGCUCAAUCGGAUUAUGGUUAUCUUGGCGGAUUUUUGAUGAACUUUGAGGUGUAGGAAUGUGCUCGAGAGUUCAACCAUGGCGUUUUCGGCUGCUUUUCAAGCCCAUUUUCCUAUCAGCUAUUCAUUUCGCCGCUCCACGUUAUGCUCUCUGAGGCUCACCAGAAAGGGGCAUUCCCUGCAGAUGAUUAGAUCACUCUUGGAUAAAAGGAAGUCAAGCCACAAUGGAGCAACAACGAACAUUGGUAGUGCUGACAAUGGAGCAACAACGAACAUUGGUAGUGCUGACAUUGGAGCAACAGAACCUGCAAGGGUCCUUUUGGAGAGACUGUUUGCACAGACACAGAAGCUGGAAGAACAGAUGAUUAGCGAUUCUAAUCUUCCUAAGGACUUCCGAUUGGGAUUUAACCUUGAAACCCUGGAAUCUGACCUUCAAGCGGCCUUGGCGGCCUUGAGAAAAAAAGAAGAUGACCUUCAAGAUGCAGAGAAGACUGUGCUGAUGGAGCAUGCCAAAUUAAACCAGGCAAAGCAGGAGUUGGAACGACGUGAGGUAGAAAUCGCCAUUACGCAUUCUAAUCAGGAAAAGCUGAAGAAAGAUCUGAAGCAAGCUAAUCAGGAACUAAUUUCUCAAGCAAGGCAGAUUGAAGAUCUAAAACUUCUACUCAAAGAAAAGGACCAGGAGAUUGUCAGUGCAAAAUCUGCACUGAUGCUGAAAGAAGAAGAGAUGGAUAAAAUAAGAAACGAAUUGGUCAAGAAAAGUGAAGAGGCUGCAAGGAUCAAUUCUGACCUUGAGUCCAGAGAUCAGCUCCUGAAUGAAGCUAAGGGAAUCAUUCAGAAACAACAGGACGAGGUUCAACAUCUCCAAGAGUCUGUCAAAGAGAAGGAGGAAGAGUUAGAAGUGUCAAUGACGCUGAGGAAAGUUGAGGAAGAGAAACUAAAGCUAGCCGAAGCCAACUUAGAGAAUCGGACUAUGGAGUGGUUAUCAGCACAGGAAGAACUGAAGAAACUGGCAGAGGAAGCAUCCAAACAUGUCGGAGAAACAAAUGAAACUUUAGAUGAUUUCAAAAGAGUAGAGAAGGUUCUUGCUGAUGUGAGGUCCGAAUUAGUUUCUUCUCAGAAGUCUUUGGCUUAUUCUAGAAAGAAAAUGGAAGAUCAAGAACAAGAACUUGAGAAGCAACUGGCAGAACUUGAAGAACAAAAGCUUAUUGUGAUGUCUUAUGUGAAGAAUUUACAGGAUGCCCAAGUGGAAGUAGAGAGUGAAAGGGCAAAGCUUAGAGUUGCAGAGGCAAGAAACAAGGAACUUGAACGGGACUUAUCCAUUGAGGAGGAGUUAAUUGAGCAGCUACAGGAGAAGUUGAAUAAAGAGAGAUCUUUUGUGGAACAGGCAACCCAAGAGGUAUCCUUGCUGAAGGAGAAGCUAGAUCAAAAAACUUCUGAAUUUGAAGCAGCACAGAAUCUUCUUGAGAGUAAAGAAUCCACACUGGUAGAGGCCAAACUCCAAAUCCAGCAUCUGAAAUCUGAGCAGGCUUCCCUUUGCCUUAUCUUGGAAGAGAAGGAUAUAGAUCUCUUUAAUGCACAGAAGAAGUUGCUGGAAGCCACCCAAGAAGUUGCUGAUCUUAAGAUGCUCAUAAGCAGCAGAGAUCAGCAACUUAUCCAAGCAACUAACAUGUUACAAGAAAAAGAAGAGCAAGCCCAGACAAUGCAACUUGAGCUGAAUGAUACAACGGAAAAGUUGUCAGAAGCUACUGCUGUGGUGGAACGGAUUGUAGAACUCACAAACAAGCUAGUUAUUUCAGUGAAGGAUGAAGAAGAUUCUGAUUCAGGGUUGCUAAGUGAGGAAGGUCUAUCAUACGGAAUGAACCACAUCCUCUUGCCCCCACACCGAGUUCCAGAGAAUCCCAUUGUUGAUUCCAGGAAGCAAACAAAACAGCUGGAACUUGAGCUUGAUCUGACCAGGGAAGAUUUGAGAAUGAAGGAGAUGGAACUUCUAGCUGCACAGAGGUCUCUGGCUGUAAAAGAUGAGGAGCUCAAAGUGACUGUUAACAGGCUGGAUGAAAGAGAGAAGGAACUGAAGAGGAUGCAGAAAGAGACUGAAGAUGCUGAUGGCCUAAGGAAACUAUAUUCACUUGCACAGGAGAGAAUUGGAGAUAAGAGUGUAGGAGAGUUGGCAAUUGAGAAACUCCAACUUGAGGCUGCUCAACUGGAAGUUGAAGCUGCGACUAGUGCACUCCAAAAAAUCGCUGACAUGAGCAUGGAGUUUUUGAAGACGGCUAGCUUGAGCUCUAGUAUUGACACUAAUACUGUUAUAUUGCCACCAUCAGGUUCUGACCCCAGUUUGAGUAGAGAGCUUUUGAACAAUGAGUGUUUCGGAGAGGUUUUAAGAGAAGUUGCUCAACUUUCAGCUUUAUCGGAGAAACUUGUAAAGGAGGCUGGGCAGGGUAGCUAGGUAAUGAAGAAAGCAAGCUGUACUGUUCUUUAGUGUAAAUAGAUGACUGUUAUACAAGCCAUACCGUAGGGGUACUGUAGAAGUGAUUCUUUUGUUUUCUACCAAAUCAACAAUUUCGGCAUAAAACAUUCAAAGAUGUAACCCACGUCUUCAUUGUUGUAACAUGAGUGAAAUCUUGAGCUACCUGUUUUCUUU